AUGUCGAAGAAAAAACUUUUCAUUAGUAAAAGGCAUCUAAGAUACUCAGUUCUACUGGGUAUAAUAUUAACCAUAUUAUUAAUGACCUUACGUUCACCUGACAACGACACAGAGGUAACAUCAAGGGCAUUAAAACUAACUCAACAACAAUCACAAAGGGAAUCACGUCCAGGUAGUGGAUCCGGCAAAUCCUUCUUCUCAUUUGAUGAAAUCCCAUCAUUAAACAAGAACGAAGGUGGCUUUAUGGGAACAGGUAACACUAACGAACUAGACUCUACUCUAAAUUUUGAUCUUAAUGAUGAUGAUCUUUCAUUUGAUAAGAUUCCUAAAUAUGAUGAAUUCGGAGAACUAAUAGAUUAUUCCAAAUAUAUUCCUAAAUUAGCCAACUACACUAACGCAACACUUUCUCAAUUCACUGCUAAAGAAUUAAUUAGAUUCAAACAAGAUUAUGAUAAUGAACAAGAAAAUUUGAAAAUGAAGACACGUGAAGAGAAAAGGGCUAAGUUUAUUAAAUCACAAACUGAAAGAUAUGGUGGACCAGAUACGUUAAUGAGUGCUAUGGUUCCGUCAUGGGCUAAUGUGGGUGAUAGGCCUAAAGCUUGUCUUUUCGCUUAUAUUGAAGAUGAUGAUCAUGAUGGUAUUAUGAAAUCUAUUAAUGAGAUGGAAGAUAUGUUUAAUAGACAAUUUAAUUAUCCUUGGGUUUUUUUAACGAGGUAUGGUAUUAGUGAAGAGUUUAAACAAGAUAUUAAUGAUACUUUGAGAGUGGAUUUCCAAAUUGGUCAAAUUGAUGAAAAGGAUUGGAAUGGAUAUCCUUCAUUUAUUGAUGAUAUUAAGGCAGAAGAGGCAAAGAUUAAAAUGGCCGGAUUAGAAUUUGGUGAUUCAUUGGAAUUUAGAUUGAAGAAUAGAUAUUUCGCUGGGUUGUUUUGGAAACAUGCAUUGUUUAAAGAUUUUGAUUGGUAUUGGAGGGUAGAACCAAAUAUGGAAUUGAGAUGUGAAAUUGAUUAUGAUGUUUUCAGGUGGCUGCAAGAUAAACAAAAAUCAUUUGGGUUUUCUAUUUCAAAAAAAGAAAAUAAAGAUACUUUACCUGGAUUAUGGGACGAAGUGAAAAAAUUUAAAGAUGAAAAUAAAAAAUUAAUUCAUGAUAAAAAUUUUAUGAGGUUUGUUUCAGAUGAUGAUGGUAAUUCAUUUAAUCAAUGUAGUUUUUGGAGUAAUUUUGAAGUGGCUAAUUUGAAUUUUUUCAGAUCAUCAGCCUUUAAUAAAUUUUUUGAAAGUUUAGAUAAUAAUGGUGGGUUUUUUUAUGAAAGAUGGGCAACAGAUCCUCUUCAUACGAUAGCUGUAUCUUUAUUAGUCUCUAGAGAUACAUUUGUAAUUUUUUUUCUAGAUUUUGGAUUUUAUAGUGAACCAUAUGAAAAUUGUCCAUUAGAUGAUAUUAAAUGGAGAGAAUCUAAAUGUAAAUGUGAUCAAGGUAACGAUUUCACAUUUAUGGGUGGUUCGUGCACGAAAAAAUUCUACGAGGUCAUGGAAUGGCCAAAACCUGAUGGUUGGAAUAAACGUACAUGA